AUGUACUCAUACACUUUUGAUGACAUCCUAGAGGAGGCGGGCAAGUUUGGCCGAUCGCAGAAGCGAAUCUUUGCCCUGCUAUGCAUGGUGUCCAUGCCAUGGGCUGGUGUCUACGUAGGCAUUGUGUUCCAAGGGUUCACCCCAGAGCAUUGGUGCCGGGACUCAGGGGUGAGUCAGAUCCGGCAGAGCUGUGGCUGGAACCUGAUGGACACUAGAAAGAUCACGGUCCCUCUGGUCAACACCUCAGGAGUGCUGGUCCACAGCCAGUGUGAGCAGUACAACCUGGACUGGAACGCUACAGGUCUGACCUGUGACAACCCAGAGUCUGACCUCUCUGACGCCCACCGCAGCAAAGCUCCCAUGACCUCCUGCAAGGAAGGAUGGGAGUAUGACUACAAGGGGAGGCAGUCCUUUGUAACUGAGGUGAGAACUUUAUGAAAUAUAUGUUCAAGACAUUGAAUUUAAAUUGAAUGUCAGAACAGAUUAAGAUGGCAGUAGAUGAUAAGGUAUUUGUUGAUUUCAGUUUGACCUGGUGUGUGCUGAUGCCUGGGUGGUGGACAUGUACCAGGCUACACUCAACGUGGGCUUCUUCAUAGGCAGCAUAGCCAUUGGAUACCUGGCUGACAGGUAAGGAAGGCUGUGUCAGUGGUCAGACAGAAGAUCCCACCAGUGCAGAUAACUUGCUGACUUUUAGAAAUACUUAAAAACAGAAAAGUUAAGGAAAAUGGACUUGCUAAAAGUGAGUGCACCUGAAUGAAAUAAAUAAACUUCUGAAAUACUGUAUGUUCUGAGACGGAAACAUGACAUUUGAAUUUACAUCCCCCGAAUGUACCUUUUUGUCUUACAUUUUAGAUUUGGCAGAAAGACAAGCUUCUUGGUGUCCAACCUCUUGAAUGGGAUUUUUGGAAUUCUUGUAGCAUGGUCUCCAAAUUGGGUAUCCAUGCUGGUCUUCCGAGCAUUCUAUGGCUUUGGGGUUAAGGGAGGCUGGGUGGCUGGAUAUGUUCUGAGUACGACAACAUUACUUACACAAUGUCUAAAAUUUUAAUUUUACAUUUCAAGUUGUAGUUUUACUAAUUGUGGUUGUAAUAUUUACAGCAUAUUACUCUUGUGGAGAUAUCUCAGUCACAACACUUUUGACUAUAGCAUCAUGUCAGAGGCUAUGUAUUCUCGGUGUCCUGUCCUCAUGUCCUGCCUCUCUCCUCAGUCACUGAGCUGGUAGGAGUAGAGUACAGGAGGACUGUCGGCGUCGUCUACCAGAUGUUCUUCAGUGUUGGAAUUCUCAUCCUGCCCCUCAUCUCCUACUUCAUCACAGACUGGCGCUGGUUGCAAGUGGUCAUCACUGCACCUUAUAUCCUCUUCCUGUCCUACUACUGGUAAGACCUGGAACUGCCUCAUACUGUAGAUAUUCAGGUAGAUUUAAGUUUGUUUUUCAAGCUUUUUAUAUUGAGUUUUCUAUUCUGGCUUCCAGGUUCAUCCCGGAGUCUCCAAGAUGGCUUCUCUCUCAGCACAAUGCAAAGAAAGCUGUGGAGAUCACUGAGGCAAUAGCGAAAGAAAACAAGAAAACCCUCUCCAAGAACAUUGAGGUGAGAAAUUAGGACUUUGAAGGGUAGAUCAAAUUUAAGAAACUAAAAAAAUUGAGUAACUGAAAUGUAGUUUAAUAUUACUCAAAUUUUGUAUCUUACAGACACUCAAAUAUGGCAUUGCAUGGUAAAGUAGGUUGUAUUAUAACUUUUAUAAUGCUACUGUACUUACAGAUGAUGAGAGACGACAAUGCCGAAACCUCAACUGCCUCGUUCAUGGACCUAAUCAGAACUCCAAAAAUGAGAAAACACACCUUCAUCCUUAGUUUCAACUGGUAAAAUGUAUUCCACAAACAACAAGAACAUUACUGGAACUAUAAUAGCCCUAUUAGUCACAGCUCACAACUAUACUAUUUCCUUUACAGCCACUGUAGACCCCUCAAUAAAUAAAUUGUCUUUCUUCCAGGUUCACUAGUGCUAUUGUCUACCAGGGUCUUAUCAUGCGUCUAGGAAUCCUGGGAGGAAAUGUCUACAUUGACUUCCUGAUCUCUGGUCUGGUGGAAUUCCCUGCUGCCUUCCUUAUCCUCUUUACCAUCGAUCGUAUCGGACGGCGUCUUCCCUUUGCCACGGCCAACAUUGUAGCUGGAGCAGCCUGCUUCAUUACUGCUAUGAUUCCUGAGAGUGAGUCUGUGAUAACAUUGAUGUUAAAUGGCAAUUACCUGCCUGGUUGAAUUUGUAUUAAGUUUUUCUCUCAUUUUUCUUUCUCUCACAUACAGGCAUGUUCUGGUUCAAAACAGCUGUGGCCUGCAUAGGCCGGUUGGGCAUCACAAUGGCUUUUGAGAUGGUGGUGUUUGUGAACACUGAAUUGUACCCUACGUUUGUCAGGUAAGGGUAACCAGCAGGGCUGGGGUCAAUUGAAAUUGAAGGUGGUCGAUUCAGGAAGUAAACUUAAAUAACAAUUCAUUUGAAAAAACGCCAUCUAUUUUCAAUGACUUGUCAGUAAACUGAGGAAUAGAAGCUAUUUAUUUCAAAAAUGUUUCCAUUUUAGAAUUUUUCUAUUAAAAUCACUUCCUGAAUACUGACAUUACAUAUAACAGAAAGUUUAGUUUAAAGCUGAAAUUCCAGACAGUGACAAUUGUUUCCAUCCUCAGGAACCUGGGUGUUUCUGUGUGCUCCACUCUGUGUGACAUCGGAGGCAUCGUGGCCCCGUUCCUUCUCUACAGACUGGCUGCCAUCUGGUUGGAGAUGCCACUCAUCAUCUUCGGUACCUAAUUACAAUGUUAUAACAUGAUUAUACACAUGUUAUUAAUAUCUUAACACAGCAACGCUGUAAGAAGUUGAAUCAUGUACUGUACCAGUAUCUCAAUAUCUUGAGCUUGAAACUAAUACUUUUGGCUAAUGUAGCCUCAAGCACAGCUGUUUAGUGAAUGUUUUCUAGAUACAAGCAGGGACUAAUAUGCUGAUGGUGAUUUCUUUGUGUUUUACAACACAGGGGCCCUUGCGUUUGUGGCUGGAGCUUUGGUCUUGCUGUUGCCUGAGACCAGAGGUGUGCCACUUCCUGACACCAUCGAUGACAUUGAGUUUCCAGAAAAGUGAGAUUUCUACCCAUCAGUUUCUAUUAUUUCUACAAGUGAAUGUACUGAAACAUCAUGCCUUCAAACAAUAAGGUUAUUAUUUAAAUAAUAUGUCAGAGGUGAACAAUCUAUUCAUUGUGUAUGUAUGUGUUCCUCUUGCCGUCUCAGAUGCAAAGAAAAAGCUCUGAGGAGUAUAGAGCUGAGGCGGAAACAGAUGAUAAACCUGUUACCCACCGCCGCCGACGUGAUGCCCAACAAAGAACCUGAGACUGUCUGAUUCCCUCCUGGGAAAUUAGAGUUUGUGUGAUGAAAGAAUGAGAAGGUAGUGAUGAGCAGUAUUUAUUAUUUUAUGUUUAAGUUACCUGUUUGUUUCAUUUGUUGUUUCUAAUACGAAUUAAGGAGUGUUUGUGUUUGUGUUGGCGAAAUAUUGGAACUUAUUUCGAUUUCUUUCACCUCUACCAUGUUUCCUGGUUUUACUUAUCCCAUGUGCCAAUCUGCUACAGUAAGAUUUCCCUCUCAGAUCAUGUGCAUUGUGCCAUGUAUUUUUUUAGAUAAUGUGUUUAAAGUAAUUUACUGAUUUAUUUGUAUUAUAAAUGUUGGUAAUAUUGUCAUAUUUCUUAACAGUGAGUGUAUUUUUGACAGUUACUUACAUGCCAUUCUAGAGAAGUAGAUGGAUUGUGUUGUUUCUGUGAAUUGACAUUAUUCUGUGUGAGCAGAAAUAUUAAAGAUUUGUAUCUUUACGGAUGGUAACUCUAAUAAUAUUUAUAUGGUUACACACACCAACUUUUAACAAAUGUAAGUGACAAUUACAAUUUUUAAAAUGUGUGAUUAUCUUGCAGGAGUAUACCCUGAAUUCCACAGUGUCCAAUUUUCACAAUAACCACCCAAUUUACAAGUUUGAGAGUAAAGUAUUAGCAUAAUAAAAGUACACUCUGUGACAGAGCAUACUAUAAAUGUCAGAAUGUUUUUUUUAUAGCGAAAAUAUAUACACUUUAUAAGGGUUCUCAAUGGCUCUAUUUCUUUGUGAAACAGUAAGAAAGUGUCUUAUUUGAUUUGCCUAGGUGACAUGUUACAGUAGAUUACCAUUCAGAUAUGCUACGCAGUGGAAUUGUAUCACGACUCAGGAUAUGACCCAGAUGCAGACACAGGAGGUGGAUGGUUCGGUUCUCUGAAUAUUUAUUAUAACCAAGGGGCAGGCAAAAGGGCAGGUCGAGGGCAGGCAGAGGUUCGUAGUCCAAUGCAGAGUCAAAAAGGGACAGAACAGCAGGCAGGCUCAGGGUCAGGGCAGGCAGAAAGGUCGGAACCGGGAAGACUAGAAAACAAGAACUGGAGAAAACAAGAAACACGCUGGUAAGCCCUGACAGAACAAGACGAACUGGCAACAGACAAACAGCAAACGCAGGUAUAAAUACACAGGGGAUAAUGGGGAAAAAUAGGAGACACAGGGCUGUGAGACAAAGGUUUAAUCCUAGACACAUGGAAAGUUGGCUGUAUACGGAGGGUCCGGGGCAACAGAAGACGAACAGCAGAGGGGCUAAGGACUUUAGAGAAGGGAAAUGGACCAAUAAAAUUGGGAGAACGUUUUCGAGACUCCACCCGGAGGGGCAGAUCAUGGGUAGACAGCCAUACCCUCUGCCCGGGCCAAUAGCGGGGAGCCGGGGUCCGGUGGCGAAUCCGCCUGUCGGCGAUACCUGGAGGUGGUCUUCAGAAGAGCGGACCGGGCUCUCUUCCAGUUAUGCCAACAGUGGCGGAUGAACAUCAGGGCCGAGGGUAUGCUGACCUCUUGCUCAGGGAAGAGCGGGGGCUGGUAACCCAAGGAACACUCGAAGGGCGAGAGUCCAGUGGCCGGGCAGGGAAGGGAGUUGCGGGCGUACUCCACCCACACAAGUUGCUGGCUCCAGGGGGUGGGGUUGGCAGAGACGAGGCAGCGAAGAUUAGUCUCCAGGUCCUGAUUGGCUCACUCUGAUUGGCUGCUGGACUGGGGAUGAAACCUGGAGGACAGGCUGGCCAAUGACCCAAUGAAGGCACAGAAUGCCUUCCAGAACCUGGACAAGAACUGAGGACCCCGAUCGGCGACCAUGUCGACGGGCAGUCCAUGGAUCCGGAAGACAUGCUGCACCAUAAGCUGGGCCGUCUCCUUGGCUGAGGGUAACUUGGGAAGUGGAAUGAAAUGUGCAGCUUUGGAAAACCUACCACCACAGUAAGGAUGGUGGUGUUGCCAUCUGACUGAGGGAGACCAGUGACAAAGUCCAGGGAUAUAUGGGACCAGGGGCGAUUAGGAACAGAGAGUGGUUGAAGGAGGCCAGCCGGAGUUUGCUGUGGAGUCUUGUUCUGUGCGCACACAGUGCAGGCGGCGACGAAUGCGGAGAUGUCCAGAACCGUGGUGGGACACCAAAAACGUUGGCAGAUGAAGACCAGGGUCCGACGGGAGCCGGGAUGACAGGUGAGUUUAGAGGAAUGGGCCCAUUCAGGACCGGGGACCGGGCCGAAUCUGGGAUGAAAUCCAGUUACCCGGGCCCCCCGGCUCUCAAUACCCCAGACUAGUGUAGCUGCUAGACAGGAGGUAGGGAGGAUGGUCUCAGAGUCAGAUGGUGUAGCAGCGGAACUAUACAGGCAGGACAGGGCGUCAGGCUUCACAUUCAUGGACCCAGGGCGGUAGGUGAUGGUAAAAUUGAAUCGAGUGAAUAACAGAGCCCAACGAGCCUGCCUUGAGUUGAGGCGCUUGGCGGUGCGGAGAUAUUCCAAAUUCUUAUGGUCGGUCCAUACUAAGAAUGGAUGUUCCGCCCCUUCCAGCCAGUGUCUCCACUCCUCCAGUGCCAUCUUGACCGCCAGAAGUUCCCGAUUUCCCACGUCAUAGUUCCUCUCAGCGGAAUUGAGACGAUGGGAGAGGAAAGCACAGGGAUGCAGCUUUUGGUCCUGGACAGAACGCUGGGACAGAACGGCCCCCACUCCAAUGUCCGAGGUGUCAACCUCCACCACGAACUGAAGGGGUGGGUCCGGAUGAAUUAGGAUGGGGGCUGUGGUGAAAUGGUGCUUCAGAUCCAGAAACGCCCGUUAAGCAGCUGGGGACCACAUGAACGGAACCUUGGAAGAGGUGAGUGCAGAGAGGGGGGAGGCCAGGGUGCUGUAGCCCAGAAUAAAGCGAUGGUAGAAAUGAGCAAAUCCCAGGAAACGUUGCAGCUGCACUCUGGAUGUGGGUUGGGGCCAAUCCACCACCGCUCUCACCUUGUCAGGAUCCAUCUGAAUGUUCCCCGCAGUGAUGACGUAUCCCAGAAAGGAGAUAGUGGAAUGAUGGAACUCACAUUUCUCAGCUUUACCAAACAGCUGGUUCUCCAGGAGGCGCUGAAGAACAUGCUCUUGAGCUGACCGGGAAAAGACAAGGAUGUCAUCAAGAUAGACAAACACAAACUGGUUCAACAUGUCACGGAGCACAUUGUUGACCAGGGCCUGGAACACUGCGGGAGCGUUGGUCAGACUAAACGGCAUAACCAGGUACUCGUAGUGUCCGCUAGCCAUGUUGAAGGCUGUCUUCCACUCAUCUCCUUCCCGUAUCCGACCAGGUGGUAGGCGUUCUGAAGGUCCAACUUCGAAAAGAUGGUUGCACCCUGGAGAGGCUCGCAAGCCGAGGAGAGGAGUGGUUGCGGGUAACUAUUCUUUACAGUGAUGUCAUUGAGGCCCCGGUAGUCGAUACAUGGGAGCCGGGGGUUUUGUCCUUCUUUUCCAAAAAGAAAAACCCUGCGUUGGCAGGGGAGGCAGAUGGACACAUGAUAGAGAGUCCUCAAUGUAUACUUCCAUGGUCUUGGUCCCCGGGCCACACAGGGAAUAAAGCCGCCCCCGAGGUGGUGUGGUGCCCGGGAGGAGGUCAAUAGCGCAAUCUUAGGGUCAAUGCGGAGGAAGGGAUGUGGCGUGAGCCUUGUUGAAAACCUCCUGGAUGUCCUGGUACUCCGCGGGAAUGGCAGAGAGAUCAGAGGCUUUUCCCAAACCCGCAGAAGGACGUCCUAAGGCAGGCUGCGCCGUCUUAUGGCAAUGUGCGUGGCAGAACGGUCUCCAACCCAGGAUAGAACCAGUAGCUCAGUCGAUCAGGGGGUUGUGCCUCUGGAGCAAUGAAACUUCCGGGUUCUUCGGAGGUGAGGGAGAAACCGUGGAUGAGCGAGUGUGGCUGAGAACAGAACUCCUCUCCCUCCUGUGUUCCCGCAGGCGCCCAUCGAUCCUUAUAGUCAAGGCUAUGAGGGAGUCGAGGUCCCUGGGUAACUCCCAGGCUGCGAGUUCGUCUUUGAUUUCCUCCGAUUAUCCAAGAAGGAAGGUGUCGAACAGGGACUCCGGGUUCCAGGCACUCUCGGCGGCCAGCAUGCGAAAGUCUACCGCAUAGUCUGCCACACUGCGGGAGUCUUGAUGCAGACGAAGUAGCUUCCGAACCGCCUCUCUCCCGGACACCGCGGAAUUGAACACCUUCCUUACCUCCGCCACAAAAUCCUCCAGACUAAGGCAAACGGCGGAUUGUUGAUCCCACACCGCUGUAGCCUAACCGAGCGCCCUUCCAGACAUCAGUGUUAUAAGAUACGCUAUCUUUGAUCAAUCCAAAAGAAACUAAGAGGGCUGUAGCUCAAAGAUGAGUGAACACUGGGAGAGAAACUCCCGGCAGGUUCCAGGAUCUCCAGCAUAGCGCUCCGGAGGAGGUAAGCAGGGUUCUCGGGAAGCCAGGGUAGGCUGGGGAGAAGCAUCGCUAGUAGCGAGGUUACUGAGCGCCCGGGAGGUUUCCGUUGUGGCUUGCUCCAGUAAUGAGUUGAACAUAUGGUAACAGCGUUCCUCCAAGGUAUGGAGUCCCUCCAUAAGGUUUUGAAGUAGCUCCUCGUGUCUUCCAAUGGUGGCUUCUUGCAGGGAGACAGCGUUGUGGAGCUGGUCUGAGUCUGCUGGGUCAGUCAUGGCCAGUUUGUACUAUCACGACUCAGGAUAUGACCCAGAUGCAGACACAGGAGGAGGAUGGUUUAGUUGUCAGAAUAUUUAUUAUAACCAAGGGGCAGGCAAAAGGGCAGGUUGAGGGCAGUCAGAGGUUUGUAGUCCAAGGCAGAGUCAAAAAGGGACAGAACGGCAGGCAGGGUCAGGGCAGGCAGAAAGGUUGGAACCGGUAAGACUAGAAAACAAGAACUGGAGAAAACGGGAAACACGCUGGUAAGACCUAACAAAACAAGACGAACUGGCAACAGAAAACGCAGGAAUAAAUACACAGGGGAUAAUGGGGAAAAAUAGGAGACACCUGCUGGGGGGUGGAGACAAGCACAAGACAGGUGAAACAGAUCAGGGUGUGACAGAAUUGCAUAACUUCAGCCAUCUCUAGCUCUUCAGCCAGACAAUGGCAGCCAGCUCUUUUAAGGGUAACCCGCUGACUCAGUUGGCAAUUCAGCCCAUCGUUGGUCAAGAACCUCUCUAUUGGACUUUUGAUCUGCUCUGUGUUUUAAAACCCCUGCACAGAUCCCACUGCAGUCUCACAUGUACAGUCGUGGUCAAACGUUUUGAGAAUGACACAAGUAUUGGUCUUCACAAAGUUUGCUGCUUCAGUGUUUUUAGAUAUUUUUGUCAGAUGUUACUAUGGUAUACUGAAGUAUAAUUACAAGCAUUCCAUAAGUGUCAAAGGCUUUUAUUGACAAUUACAUUAAGUUUAUGUAAAGAGUCAAUAUUUGCAGUGUUGACCCUUCUUUUUCAAGACCUCUGCAAUCCGCCCUGGCAUGCUGUCAAUUAACUUCUGGGCCACAUCCUGACUGAUGGCAGGCCAUUCUUGCAUAAUCAAUACUUGGAGUUUGUCAGAAUUUGUGGGUUUUUGUUUGUCCACCCACCUCUUGAGGAUUGACCACAAGUUCUCAAUGGGAUUAAGGUCUGGGGAGUUUCCUGGCCAUGGACCCAAAAUGUCGAUGUUUUGUUCCCCGAGCCACUUAGUUAUCACUUUUGCCUUAUGGCAAGGUGCUCCAUCAUGCUGGAAAAGGCAUUGUUCGUCACCAAACUGUUCUUGGAUGGUUGGGAGAAGUUGCUCUCGGAGGAUGUGUUGGUACCAUUCUUUAUUCAUGGCUGUGUUCUUAGGCAAAAUUGUGAGUGAGCCCACUCCCUUGGCUGAGAAGCAACCCCACACAUGAAUGGUCUCAGGAUGCUUUACUGUUGGCAUGACACAGGACUGAUAGUAGCUCUCACCUUGUCUUCUCCGGACAAGCUUUUUUCCGGAUGCCCCAAACAAUCGGAAAGGGGAUUCAUCAGAGAAAAUGACUACCCCAGUCCUCAGCAGUCCAAUCCCUGUACCUUUUGCAGAAUAUCAGUCUGUCCCAGAUGUUUUUCCUGGAGAGAAGUGGCUUCCUCGCUGCCCUUCUUGACACCAGGCCAUCCUCCAAAAGUCUUCGCCUCACUGUGCGUGCAGAUGCACUCACACCUGCCUGCUGCCAUUCCUGAGCAAGCUCUGCACUGAUGGUGCCCCGAUCCCACAGCUGAAUCAACUUUAGGAGACGGUCUUGGCGCUUGCUGGACUUUCUUGGGCGCCCUGAAGCCUUCUUCACAACAAUUGAACCUCUCUCCUUGAAGUUCUUGAUGAUCCGAUAAAUGGUUGAUUUAGGUGCAAUCUUACUAGCAGCAAUAUCCUUGCCUGUGAAGCCCUUUUUGUGCAAAGCAAUGAUGACGGCACGUGUUUCCUUGCAGGUAACCAUGGUUAACAGAGGAAGAACAAUGAUUUCAAGCACCACCCUCCUUUUAAAGCUUCCAGUCUGUUAUUCUAACUCAAUCAGCAUGACAGAGUGAUCUCCAGCCUUGUCCUCGUCAACACUCUCACCUGUGUUAACGAGAGAAUCACUGACAUGAUGUCAGCUGGUCCUUUUGUGGCAGGGCUGAAAUGCAGUGGACAUGUUUUUUUUUAGGAUUAAGGUCAUUUUCAUGGCAAAGAGGGACUUUGCAAUUAAUUGCAAUUCAUCUGAUCACUCUUCAUAACAUUCUGGAGUAUAUGCAAAUUGGCAUCAUAAAAACUGAGGCAGCAGACUUUGUGAAAAUUAAUAUUUGUGUCAUUCUCAAAACUUUUGACCACGACUGUAGUAUCUCUGCUUCUGACACCCAACUCAACAACCUGACCACUUUCGAUGAAAUUCUGGAGGAGGCACUGAAUUCUGGUCGUUGCCAAAAGCACAUCUUUGCUCUGCUAUGUACUGUGUCUUUGCCUUUUUCUGGGGUCUCUGUGGGCAUUGUGUUCUAGGGGUUCACCCCAGAGUAUUGGUGCCGGGACUCAGGGUUGAAUCAGAUCCGGCAGAGCUGUGGCUGGAACCUGAUGGACACUAGAAAGAUCACGUUCCAGCUGGUCAACACCUCAGGAGUGCUGGUCCACAGCCAGUGUGAGCAGUACAACCUGGACUGGAACGCUACGGGUCUGACCUGUGACCUCACUGACACCCACCGCAGCAAAGCUCCCAUGACCUCCUGCAAGGAAGGAUGGGAGUAUGACUACAAGGCAAGGCAGUUUUCAAUAUUAGAUUCUGUUUUUAUAUCCUGUUUCUUUCUUCUACUUUGGAGGUUCGGCAGAAAAAUGUGCUUCUUGAUGUCCAACCUCUGGAAUGGGGUUGCUUGAAUACUUGUAGCAGUGGCUCCAAACUAUAUAUCCAUGCUUGUAUUGUAGUAUCUGAACAUUCCAGAACUUGGCUCUGCUUGCGGAAACAUCUGGAAAGUAUUACUAUAGGGGCCCCCUAAGACAGAGGAGAUUCGGAUGUGUAAAGGCUAGGGAUUGGUCUAUCUAAAACCACCCAUAUUAUGUUACAUAGGAUAUAAAUACCAUGUUUUUGAACAAAGGACGGAGAGAAUAACAUAUUAGAGAUUGGGUCAGUUGUUCUCCAGAUGUCUGCAGGAAUCUGUAAAUGAGACUGUAAUCUUUGAUGUAAUAAACCAUUAUAAUCAAGGACAGUGUCAGCGUAUUCUUGUCAUCACAGCAUAUCAGCAACGUUGUCUCGACACCACAGAAUGGCGACGAGGAUUUGGGACGUGUUGCGUCUUUUCUCAGCGUUCCACUCAUGAGCUACGAAGUGACUCCCGCUCAAGACGCCGGCAGAUAAGGUGAGAUUUCUCACAAUUUUGGGCGCUGGUCAGUUCGUGUGCUGUGUGUGUGCGUUGAGGAGAUGUACCGUUUAAAAACUUGUGUGUGCGCUUUGCUGUUAUUUGCUGUGGGAUGAGGAUCCAUUCUAAAUUUCUAAAUUUGUUUGCGUUGGGAACAACGCAAACAGGGGGGAGUGUCUAUAGGAAUUGUUAACACUGGGCACACGGAUAUUUGGCUUGAAUAAAAUUAAAAGGAGUGUCCAGGGAUAGCAUGAAGGAAUAAGGCCAGGAAAUAAGGAAAAAGUAUACUUUUAGGACGUCGCUGAUUUAAGGAAGCCCUCAAACGAGGCGAUCAUUAGGAUGGGCCGAAAAUCCUGAAAACUCACUAGGUUGAUUUUUAAGGUCAGUUCUGGGAACUGGAGUUUGUGGAAGAUACAUUUAAUUGUAAGUUACCUCUCGACAUAUAGUUGACGAGGUAUGGGUUCGAAGUAACCUCUCAUUGAAUAUCUGCAACUCGAGGUAGCAGAAAUUUAGGAAGGAACAAUGAGAAAUAAGGAGCGACGGUAGCAUGCUUAGUGUAUUGUAUGAACGGAUGCAUUCUUGUUGAAUUGUGUGUGUGUGAGAAAGAGAGCCUAUGCGUGUGUAUAAAAGGGGAGGUCUCUGCUGUGUGUCGACUAAGGCUAUGACAACAGGGGUUUUAGUUUUUUGUAAGGAAAUAUGUUAGUUAAGGUUAAAACCUUGUAUGAGUCUCUAUAAAAGAGAAUGUUUAAUAAUUGUUAAAAAACUAUGAGCCCCUGGGAGGACGUUAGAUGUAAUGGAUAAGAAAAUAAGUCUACAGAUUAGAGUAAAAGAUGUGAAGAUAGAGGAGAGAGAAAAUAAAUUGUGGUAAAGUAAAGACACUUCGAAGUAGGAUUUGUGUUCUAUGUUCUGUGUUGGUUUGUGAGUUUUGUUAAGUGUUACUGUUUGUCUGUGUUGGAAAUAAUGGAGGGACAGCUGGUCUGUCUGUCUGCUUUCUGUUGUUUAGCUUGGAGAGAGCUGCUUGGGAGAGCUCCUCUCGCAUUGAAAUCGCACUGGUGAAUGAGCUACGCAUGCGUGGGAUUUUAUGAGUUUAGAGUUACGUAGAGCAAAUAUGCCACUCCCCUGCCUGCACUGAGCUGCUGUGACACGCAGAAUUAGUGCUACAGACAGAGAAGAAGAUUUUGAAUACACACAGAUAAAGUAUUCUGUUUGAUGUGGCUGUUGCUUAACUAUGAAACUAUUUGAUUGAGAUCUAAUGAAUUUAUAAAUGAGAGAUAUGUUGACGGAUUUAAAAAAAAAUGUUAUUGCGUUAUUUAUAAUAUUCCUGAGUUAAGCUGUUUGCUUAUUUCUUAGCGCGAAUGUGAACAUAGGUAUGCAUAAAAUACUAAAUUGUUGUCUGUUUCCUUUGUUCUCCUGUCAUGUGAGAGACGAGAAGGAGGAGACAGAGAGAGAGAGGAGGUGCUGACCAGUGCGUCACGCAACAGUGUGUGCUGCCGCGGAUCCAGUCCAAUCAAGGCCAGUACUGUUCUGUUCACAAACUUACUUUCCCAUACAGGAUAUUGUGUGUGCCUAGCAUAUUUCAUGUUGUGACAAUUGAACAGGGACUUGGCAACAGACUGAUCAAUUGAUGUAAUUAAGAAUUGCACAUUGGAGUUUUUUGUGCAUGGAUUGGUUUGAUUAGAGUUGUGUUGGAAAUCCAGCACUGACAUUAUUCUGUAAAAUUAAGGUAAUUGGGUGCUUAUUAAGCAAUUGGUUUGUGAGUGCUGUAGUGUUGCUGGAUUACAGGUCUUUCUUUUUUGGAUUGCUCUGAAGUUGACUACUUUCCUUUACUUUCCUGAUCGGAUGUGGUAAGAUUGCCACUAAUCAAUAAUUUGGUAAAAUAAAAUAAAAUAAUAAAAAUAAAUAGAUAUAUUGAUAAAUUAAUUAAUUGAUUAAUUAAUUAAUUACUUUUUAAAAAAUUAAAAAAUAAAAGGAGGGAAACAUAAGCUACAUAGUCUAAAGUAUUUUUGGUUUACAAAUUAAUUGGUUUAAAAUAAUAAUAAUAAUAAAAUAAGUCACAAUAAAGGAAUAUAAAAUAGUUGUUACAAUGGGGAAAAAGGACAUCAAAACUACGAAAGUAAUUACUCCUGUUGAUGUAGUAUAGUACAAAAUAGUAAUCGUCUAGUUAAUGGUAUUGCAAGGUUAUCUGGAAAAUGGAAUAAACGUUGGCCUGACAUUGAACAACCAUGGCCAGUGGAAGGGACUCUUAACCCAGACGUCAUCAAGAUAAUGAAAGUGCUUGUGGCCACAUAUAAGGCAGAUCAAAAGAAGGGGAAAAAAGGGGAACGACAUACAGAAAAGAGACAAAGAGAGCUGGGUGUUCUUAAGCUGUUUGAAAAUGAAGGACAAAAACUGAUAAAAGAUACAAAAGAUAAAAGAGACAGAGGUAUAGAGAAAAUGGCAAAAGAGGUGAAGGUGACAGAAAAACUAAUGGCAGAAGUCAAUACACCUUUCUCACAUACGGAUUCAGCAAAAAGACCCCCACCUUACGAGGAAGAAGUAGAGUUUAAGGACGUCUAUCCUCAGCUUCCAGUGAUCAUUCAGGAGGGUGAUUAUUGCAUCAGAGAUGAAGAUGAACGAAUAAUAGAGAGAAGACAAGCAGAAACAACCAUAAAGAUGAAUCCAAACUCCAAAAGUAAGAAGAAAACGAGAUGUCUGGAUACUAAGGGUGGAGUGAGGUUCAGGAGGAUGGAACUUGAAGAUGAUGAUGAUGAUGAUCAGAGUGAUUCAGAAGAGAUCAUGGGUAGAUAUGACCCUGUGAUCAGACGGAGGUUGGCCAGAGCGGAAAGAAGGGGUGAUGGAAGUUGGAAGGAGAAGAAUACAAGAGAUUCGAGUUCUGAUGAAAGUGAAGAUGAAGACAGCGAUAAAGAUUUGGAGAUUAAAGGUGCUUCAUAUUCAAGAGGAUUUUAUCCUACAAUGACUAGCACAGAAGAAAUAGAAAGAGAUAUAGACCGAUGCAUAUCAUGCCUGGAUAAGGCCAAUAAUUUAGAAGAAGUAAGAGAACCGGAAGAACAACUCAAGAAGCUGAAGAUACAGAAGAAAAAACUGCUGAAAAAAGGAUCCCAAGAAUUGGAGAAGAGGUAUACAUUGAGGCCAAGACAAGGGAGCACAAGUAAGAAGAUGAUGCCAGUGAUAAUUCGAGGACAGAACCUGGAGUAUAAGCCUUUGCAGAAUACCGAUAUGUCAGAUAUACUUGAGAAGCUGCCUACUCUUCAAGAUGGAGCAUAUCCUUGGAUUUCAAAAUUGGAAGAAAUUACGGUGGGAACACAGUCUGCCAUGGGAGACAUUAAGAGACUUUUGGCUAAUCUCCUUGGGAUUCCAGGUAUGGAAGACAUUUUUCAGAGAGCUGGACUUCAUCGAUAUGUGGGGACUGCGGUGAAUGAUCCUGAAUUGUUGGCUGCAAGUAGAAAUCGGCUGUGGAGAGCACUGAAAGAUACGUUUCCAACAAAUGUGCAUCCUGACAACAUUCUGAUUGACCCACUAGGACAACAAGAAAAUCCGAGAGCCUAUGUGUCAAGAGUUCAUCAAGUGUGGAGAAAUAUUACCGGAAAUGAUCCAGAUGUGAGUCAAAUUGAGCAGUCAAUUUUGAGAGCUAAACUGCAGAUGGGACUGCCCUCACCAGUAAGGAGCAAACUGGCAGAGGUGGUUGGACUUGGAAGCAUGACAAAAGGUGUCUAUACAGAUCAUAUAGCCCAUCAAGUGGAUCUGUACCGGAAAAAGGAACACAACCAGAAAGAACAGGACCAAGAAACUCUCAGAAAACUCAAUCAAAUACAACUGGUGGAGAAUAAGAAGGAGAAGAAACAAGCUUUGGUCAUGCAGAAUCAGCGUGCACCAAAUCAACAAUCACUGCCACAGCUUCAAUCGAACCAGUUCCAACCGCAAUUGUACCAGCCACCAAUAGCGGUACCAGUUGUUUCAUAUCCACAGCCAGUUUCUGGACAGACACAGAAUUGGAGAGGAAGAGGACGAGAAGGCUUAGGAAGAGGAAGAGGAGGAAUAUUUAAGCCAUACUUCCAGCAAUCUUCAGAAGUGUGUUAUAAUUGUGGACAGGUUGGUCACUUUGCCCGUGAGUGUAAUGGGCCAGGAGGAAACACCAGAGGGAAUUUCAGAGGAAGAUACAGGGGCCAGUCAAGAUCAUCUGGAGGACCGGUGAACCCUUAUAGGGGCCCGGAGCAAGGAUUCUAGAGGUGCCCAGAAGAUCCGAAAGGGGGGUGUCAGUUGGUAGCAUCAGGACUGGAAAAAGAUCCAACAAUUGAGGUGAAAGUUGAACUUCGACCAGGAGCCAGACCUCCUUGGAAGAAUCAGUAUCCAUUGAAAGAUUAAGCAAUCCAAGGGAUUGAACCACAAAUUGAAGGACUUUCGAAAGCAGGUGUUUUAAGGACAACAAAAAAUCUUCAGAGUAACAAUCCUUUGUUGUCUUUGGAGAAACCAUGAGGGGUUGAUAGUAGCGCCUCUAGACCUAUUAGGUCUGAUGAUUUAGGAAGCACAUGGGUUAGCUAAUGUUGCAAGGGGGGAGGUUAGGAGAAAGAUCACAAAGGAGUAUGGUUUUUGGGCACCAUAUUUGCUUGAACAGGUUGACUAUGUCAUAGGCAGGUGCACAAUCUGUCUGAAAAAUAAUGUUCGCAGGGGUGUGACUGUUUUUCUUGGUUACAUUCCUACACCAAGAGGUGCAUAAGAUGUACAACUAAGCUAAAAGAUGCUCAGUCGGUUGGAAAGUUCUUGUGUAAAGAAGUCAUAAGCAGGUGGGGACUUCCCGAUCAUAUAUCCUCAAAUUAGUGGGAGAGAGUUUUGUGGAUAAAUCAGGGAAAUGGUUUUUGAAAAAAUUGGGGGAAAAAGUCAGACCAAAAAUGUUAGGAAAACUAGGGUUGAAAUAACUCUAGGAAAUUUUGAAUAUCCAAUCAUUUUUCACGUCUUUACAUAUUAUUGUGAUAUUUAGUAUUUUCUUAUGAAUCAAAGGGGGGAAAUGGAAUGUGAUUCAUUUUACAUAUCAUUUUUCUAUUAUUGUUGAUAUUGAUGUUUUAAUUAGCAUGUGUUGUUUUGCAAAAGAUACUGGUUGGUGUUUUCUUUUCUUCCAGAAGCAUAUGGGGGAAUGUGUAGAGUGGGAUUCAAAUACUCAAACAUGGACAAUAUGAAUGGACUGGAGGAAGUGGAACAAGGAAGGUGUGGAAAUGUUCAGAUUCCAUCAUCGACGUUGCAUUAAAAGUCGACACUGCUGAGGAGAUGCAGUGUAGUAGACUACAUUCCAGUGUCUGCAAUGAUAUAUAGACAUAUUUGUAUGUGUAAUAAAUAAUUUGUGUCAUAUUCUUUCUGUAUUAAUUUUUGAAGAAUGAUGUUUUCUGUUGUUGGGUACAUGUGGGGACCUCAGAUGUUUUUGUUUUUUUCGUGGAUGCUUAAGGAUAUUGGGUCUAGGCAGGGACAGAGAGAAUCCACAGGAGGGUCCGAUGGGUCGACCAGCCUGAAUGUGGACAAGUUUGAUUGUACUUUGUUUUCUGAGGCUUUCAUGUGUAUUCAAUUGCAUCAUAGUUUAAAAUGCAUUGAUAAAGAUUUAUAAAUUGAUCUGUAGUACUUAGGUGGUCGCCUGGGGCAGAGGGGCCGUGAGAGAAUUUUACUGUCUUGAUUGAUUGAUGGAUAUUUGGAAAGAAAGCUGCCAGACAGGUUUUUCGCUCUUACACUCCAUAACGAUUUGUUUACACUUCAUAAAAAUUUGUUCACACUACAUAAAUUUUGUUUUAUUGUUAAAGUUACACAAUAUUUGUCAUAAUCCUAUUAUUUUUGUUUUCGAGACUUAAUUAGUCUCGAAGGGGAGAAAUAUGUAGUAUCUGAACUAUUGGUCUAUCUAAAACCACCCAUAUUAUGUUACAUAGGAUAUAAAUACCAUGUUUUUGAACAAAGGACGGAGAGAAUAACAUAUUAGAGAUUGGGUCAGUUGUUCUCCAGAUGUCUGCAGGAAUCUGUAAAUUGAUACUGUAAUCUUUGAUGUAAUAAACCAUUAUAAUCAAGGACAGUGUCAGCGGAUUUCUUGUCAUCACAGCAUAUCAGCAUCGUUGUCUCGACACCACAGUAUUUUGCACAAUAUUUGGCGUUGCUGUCAAAAGACGCUGGAUGUCUGGAUAUGUACUUAGUAUGAAAAACCCAAUUUGUCCCACAAAAGUUAAUGUAUGCAAGCAUGACAUUACAUUUACAUUUACAUUUACGUCAUUUAGCAGACGCUCUUAUCCAGAGCGACUUACAGUUAGUGAGUGCAUACAUUAUUUUUUUUAUUUUUCAUACUGGCCCCCCGUGGGAAUCGAACCCACAACCCUGGCGUUGCAAACGCCAUGCUCUACCAACUGAGCUACAUCCCUGCCGGCCAUUCCCUCCCCUCCCCUCCCCUACCCUGGACGACGCUGGGCCAAUUGUGCGCCGCCCCAUGGGUCUCCCGGUCGCGGCCGGCUACGACAGAGCCUGGAUUCGAACCAGGAUCUCUAGUGGCACAGCUAGCACUGCAAUGCAGUGCCUUAGACCACUUUGGAUAAAAGUGUCUGCUAAAUGGCAUACCUUUUUUUAUGUUAUAAAAGUUAAUAGAUUAACUACGGAGUAUAUGAUUUUGAUAAAGGAUUAGCAGCAAAUUAGUCUAUAUGUUUUAGCAAAUAUGAACUUAUAUUUUAUUUCCUAUACAACAUUCAACUGAGGAGGAUGGUUAAAUUACAGUGUUUCAGUAAUAACUCUUGCUUGAUUAAAGUUACUUGCUUUAUUAUACAGUAUGUAUCUUUCCUGUCUCCUCAGUCACUGAGCUGGUGGGAGUUGAGUAGAGGAGGAUGGUGGGUGUGCUUUUACAGAUCUUCAGUGUGGGCUUUCUCAUCCUGACCCUCAUUGCCUACCUCAUCACUGACUGGCACUGGCUACAGAUGGCCUUCCCUGUGCCAUACUACUUUACUGCAUGCUUCUAAAAACCUCAUGUUGAGCAUCCUGCUUCAUCACAGCUAUGAUCCCAGAUAGUAAGUGUGCAAAAUCUGAGAGCGAACCUGAUUAUAAAAUGGCUACCGCCCCGAAACACUCAUAUUUGUAGCCAUGAAACGCUUUGAAAGGCUGGUCAUGGCUCACAUCAACACCAUCAUCCCAGAAUGAGGGCACGACAACGCCUCUUCCCACUCAGGAGGCUGAAAAGAUUUGGCACGGGCCCUUAGAUCCUCAAACAGUUAUUCAGCUGCACCAUUGAGAGCAUCUUGACUGGCUGCAUCACUGCUUGGUAUGGCAACUGCUCGGCAUCCGACCGCCAGGCGCUACAGAGGGUAGUGCGUACGGCCCAGUACAUCACUGGGGCCGAACUCCCUGCAAACCAGGACCUCUAUACCAGGCGGUGUCAGAGGAAGGACCUAAAAAUGGUCAAAGACCACAGCCACGCAAGUCAUAGUAAUCGUCUGAUGCUGACGUAAUCGUCUGAUGUGGUUUCAACAGGCUUCCCGUUGCAACGACCACAAAGAUCAAUCUGCUAGCCCCGGCCCGCUAGCACACGCAAUCAACAGCCGUGCCUCCAGCUCGCCUGUAGCGUAGCAGCCACUGAACUGCUCCCGGACUUACUUAUUGCUGUUCACUGGACCUUAUGAUCACUCAGCUACACAGUUGAUGCCUGCUGGACUGUUCCUUUAUACGGUACCCCAUCCUGUUUAUCUGUUUAGCCUCAGCUCAAACUUUCGUCGCCAUUACCAGCUGUUGUCUUAGCUCUCUCGAAUAACACCUGUGACUGCUUUAUGCCUCUCUCCCAUGUCAAUAUGCCUUGCCUAUUGCUGUUUUGGUUAGUUCUAACUGUACUUUCAAUGUAGAGCCCCCAGUCCUGCUCAACCUGUCUCAGAUAGAUCCUUUGUCCCACCCCCCACACACACGGAGACCGGCUCAAUCGGUGCCUCCAGUGAUGCUAUCUCUUUCAUCUUUACCCAAUCCUUAGGUUUACCUCCACUGUACUCAUAUCCUUCCAUAUCCUUGCCUGUACAUAAUGCCCUGAAUCUAUUCUACAACGCCCGGAAAUCUGCCCCAUUCUUUCUCUGUACCCAACGCACUUGAAGACCAGUUCUUAAAGCCUGUAGCCGUAUCCUUACUCUACUCCUCCUCUGUUCCUCUGGUGAUGUAGAGGUUAACCAAGGCCCUGUAGCCCCCAGUAUCACUCCUGCUCCCCAGGCGCUAUUAUUUGUUGACUUCUGUAACCGCAAAAGCCUUGGUUUCUUGCAUGUUAACAUCAGAAUCCUCCUCCCUAAGUUUGAGUUAUUCACUGCGUUAGCACACUCCGCCAACCCUGAUGUUCUAGCAGUGUCUGAAUCCUGGCUUAGGAAGGCCACCAAAGAUUCUGACAUUUCCAUUCGCAACUACAACAUUUUCCGUCUAGAUAGAACUGCCAAAGGGGGCGGAGUUGCAAUCUACUGUAGAGAUAGCCGGCAGAGCUCUAUCAUACUAUCCAGGUCUGUGCCCAAACAGUUUGAGCUUCUACUUCUAAAAAUCCACCUUUCCAGAAAUAAGUCUCUCACUGUUGCCGCUUGCUACAGACCCCCCUCAGCCCCCAGCUGUGCCCUGAACACCAUAUGUGAAUUGAUUGCCCCCCAUCUAUCCUCAGAGUUCGUAUUGCUUGGUGACCUAAACUGGGAUAUGCUUAACACCCCGGCCAUCCUGCAAUCUAAACUAGAUGCCCUCAAUCUCACACAGAUUAUCAACGAACCUACCAGGUACAAAACUAAAUCCGUUAACAUGGGCACCCUCAUAGAUAUCAUCCUGACUAAUUUACCUCUUAAGACACCUCCGCUGUCUUCAACCAGGAUCUCAGCAAUCACUGCCUCGUUGCCUGCGUCCGUAAUGGGUCCGUGGUCAAACAACCACCCCUCAUCACUGUCAAACGCUCCCUAAAACACUUCAGCGAGCAGGCCUUUCUAAUUGACCUGAUCCGGGUAUCCUGGAUGGAUAUUGACCUCAUUCCAUCAGUAGAGGAUGCCUGGAUGUUCUUCAAAAGUGCUUUCCUCUCCAUCUUAAAUAAGCAUGCCCCAUUCAAAAAAUUCAGAACUAAGAAUAGAUAUAGCCCCUGGUUCACUCCAGACUUGACUGCCCUUGACCAGCACAGAAACAUCCUGUGGCGUACUGCAUUAGCAUCGAACAGCCCCCGCGAUAUGCAACUUUUCAGGGAAGUCAGGAACCAAUAUAGACAAUCAGUUUGGAAAGCAAAGGCUAACUUUUUCAAACAGAAAUGUGCAUCUUGUAGCACUAACUCCAAAACGUUUUGGGACACUGUAAAGUCCAUGCUGCCCACUGCACUGAGGCUAGGAAACACUGUCACUACCGAUAAAUCUACGAUAAUCAAACAUUUCAACAAGCAUUUUACUACGGCUGGCCAUGCUUUCCACCUGGCUACCCCUACCCCGGCCACCAGCUUUGCACCCUCCGCUGCAACUUGCCCAUGCCCCACCGCUUCUCCUUCAACCAAAUUCAGAUAGCUGAUGUUCUGAAAGAGCUGCAAAAUCUGGACCCCUACAAAUUAGCUGGGCUAGACAAUCUGGACCCUUUCUUUCUAAAAUUAGCAGCCGAAAUUGUCGCAACCCCUAUUACCAGCCUGUUCAACCUCUCUUUCGUAUCGUCUGAGAUCCCCAGAGAUUGGAAAGCUGCCGCGGUCAUCCCCAGGGGGGUGACACUCUAGAUCCAAACUGUUACAGACCUAUAUCCAUCCUGCCCUGCCUUUCGAAAGUAUUUGAAAGCCAAGUUAAGCCAAGUUAACAAACAGAUCACCGACCAUUUUGAAUCCCACCGUACCUUCUCCGCUAUGCAAUCUGGUUCCCGAGCUGGUCAUGGGUGUACCUCAGCCAUGCUCAAGGUCCUAAACGAUAUAAUAACCGCGAUCGAUAAAAGACAGUACAGUACUAUUGACCUGGCCAAGGCUUUUGACUCUGUCAAUCACCGCAUUCUUAUUGGCAGACGAAAUAGCCUUGGUUUCUCAAAUGACUGCCUCGCCUGGUUCACCAACUACUUCUCAGAUAGAGUUCAAUGUGUCAAAUCGGAGUGCCUGUUGUCUGGACCUCUGGCAGUCUCUAUGGGGGUGCCACAGGGUUCAAUUCUGUGUACAUCAAUGAUGUCGCUCUUGCUGCUGGUGACUCUCAGAUCCACCUCUACGCAGACGACACCAUUUUGUAUAUAUCUGGCCCUUCAUUGGACACUGUGUUAACAAACCUCCAAACAAGCUUCAAUGCCAUACAACACUCCUUCCGUGGCCUCCAACUGCUCUUAAACGCUAGUAAAACUAAAUGCAUGCUCUUCAAUCGAACGCUACUUACAUCCGCCUGCCCGACUAGAAUCACUACUCUCGGCGGGUCUGACUAAGAAUAUGUGGACAACUACAAAUACCUAGGUGUCUGGUUAGACCGUAAACUCUCCUUCCAAACUCACAUUAAGCAUCUCCAAUCCAAAGUUAAAUCUAGAAUCGGCUUCCUAUUUCGCAACAAAGCCUCCUUCACUCAUGCUGCUAAACAUGCCCUCGCAUCUUCAAUGCCCUUGCUGAUGGAAUGAGGUUUUCACUCAAAAUCUCACGAUACAUGGCCCCAUUCAUUCUUUCCUUUACACAGAUCAGUCGUCCUGGUCCCGUUGCAGAAAAACAGCCCCAAAGCAUGAUGUUUCCACCCCCAUGCUUCACAGUAGGUAUGGUGUUCUUUGGAUGCAACUCAGCAUUCUUUGUCCUCCAAACACGACGAGUUGAGUUUUUACCAAAAAGUUAUAUUUUGGUUUCAUCUGACCAUAUGACAUUCUCCCAAUCCUCUUCUGGAUCAUCCAAAUGCACUCUAGCAAACUUCAGACGGGCCUGGACAUGUACUGGCUUAAGCAGGGGGACACGUCUGGCACUGCAGGAUUUGAGUCCCUGGCGGCGUAGUGUGUUACUGAUGGUAGGCUUUGUUACUUUGGUCCCAGCUCUCUGCAGGUCAUUCACUAGGUCCCCCCGUGUGGUUCUGGGAUUUUUGCUCACCGUUCUUGUGAUCAUUUUGACCACACGGGGUGAGAUCUUGCGUGGAGCCCCAGAUCGAGGGAGAUUAUCAGUGGUCUUGUAUGUCUUCCAUUUCCUAAUAAUUGCUCCCACAGUUGAUUUCUUCAAACCAAGCUGCUUACCUAUUGCAGAUUCAGUCUUCCCAGCCUGGUGCAGGUCUACAAUUUUGUUUCUGGUGUCCUUUGACAGCUCUUUGGUCUUGGCCAUAGUGGAGUUUGGAGUGUGACUGUUUGAGGUUGUGGACAGGUGUCUUUUAUACUGAUAACAAGUUCAAACAGGUGCCAUUAAUACAGGUAACGAGUGGAGGACAGAGGAGCCUCUUCAAGAAGAAGUUACAGGUCUGUGAGAGCCAGAAAUCUUGCUUGUUUGUAGGUGACCAAUACUUAUUUUCCACCAUAAUUUGCUAAUAAAUUCAUUAAAAAUCCUACAAUGUGAUUUUCAGGAUUUUUUUUCUCAUUUUGUCUGUCAUAGUUGACGUGUACCUAUGAUGAAAAUUACAGGCCUCUCUCAUCUUUUUAAGUGGGAGAACUUGCACAAUUGGUGGCUGACUAAAUACUUUUUCACCCCACUGUAUAUAGAUUUUCUAUUGUGUUAUUGACUGUACGUUUUGUUUAUUCCAUAUGUAACUCUGUGUUGUUAUUUUUACUGCACUGCUUUGCUUUAUCUUGGCCAGGUCGCAGUUGUAAAUGAGAACUUGUUCUCAACUGGCUUACCUGGUUAAAUAAAGGUGAAAUCAAAUAAAAUAAAUGAAUAGACUGUUCUCUCUGCCUAGUCACUUUUACCCCUACCCACAUGUACAGUUGAAGUCAGAAGUUUACAUACACUUAGGUUAGAGUCAUUAAAACUUGUUUUUCAACCACUCCACAAAUUUCUUGUUAACAAACUAUCAUUUUGGCAAGUCUGUUAGGACAUCUACUUUGUGCAUGACACAAGUAAUUUUCCCAACAAUUGUUUACAUACAGAUUAUUUCACUUAUAAUUCACUGUAUCACAAUUCCAGUGGGUCGGAAGUUCACAUACACUAAGUUGACUGUGCCUUUAAACAGCUUGGAAAAUUCCAGAAAAUUAUGUCAUCGCUUUAGAAGCUUCUGAUAGGCUAAUUGACAUCAUUUGAGUCCAUUGGAGGUGUACCUGUGGAUGUAUUUCAAGGCCUACCUUCAAACUCAGUGCCUCUUUGCUUGACAUCAUCGGAAAAUCAAAAGAAAUCAGCCAAGACCUCAGAAAAAAAAUGGUAGACCUCCACAAGUCUGGUUCAUCCUUGGGAGCAAUUUCUAAACGCCUGAAGGUACCACGUUCAUCUGUACAAACAAUAGUAAGCAAGUAUAAACACCAUGGGACCACGCAGCUGUCAUACCGCUCAGGAAGGAGACGCGUUCUGUCUCCUAGAGAUGAACGUACUUUGGUGCGAAAAGUGCAAAUCAAUCCCAGAACAACAGCAAAGGACCUUGUGAAGAUGCUGGAGGAAACAGGUACAAAUGUAUCUAUAUCCACAGUAAAACUAGUCCUAUAUCGACAUAACCUGAAAGGCCGCUCAGCAAGGAAGAAGCCACUGCUCCAAAACCGCCAUAAAAAAGCCAGACUACGGUUUGCAACUGCACAUGGGGACAAAGAUCUGACUUUUUGGAGAAAUGUCCUCUGGUCUGAUGAAACAAAAAUAGAACUGUUUGGCCACAAUGACCAUCGUUAUGUUUGGAGGAAAAAGGGGACGGCUUGCAAGCCGAAGAACACCAUCCCAACCGUGAAGAACGGGGCUGGCAGCAUCAUGCUGUGGGGGUGCUUUGCUGCAGGAGGGACUGGUGCACUUCACAAAAUAGAUGGCAUCAUGAGGAAGGAAAGUUAUGUGGAUAUAUUGAAGCAACAUCUCAAGUAAUCAGUCAGGAAGUUAAAGCUUGGUCGCAAAUGGGUCUUCCAAAUGGACAAUGACCCCAAGCAUACUUCCAAAGUUGUGGCAAAAUGGCUUAAGGAUAACAAAGUCAAGGUAUUGCAGUGGCCAUCACAACUCCCUGACUUCAAUCUUAUAGAACAUUUGUGGGCAGAACUGAAAAAGCGUGUGCAAGCAAGGCCUACAAACCUGACUCAGUUACACCAGCCCUGUCAGGAGGAAUGGGCCAAAAUUCACCCAACUUAUUGUGGGAAGUUUGUUUAAGGCUACCCAAAACGUUUGACCCAAGUUAAACAAUUUAAAGGCAAUGCUACCAAAUACUAAUUGAGUGUAUGUAAACUUCUAACCCACUGGGAAUGUGAUGAAAGGAAUAAAAGCUGAAAUAAAUCACUCUCUUCUAUUAUUCUGACAUUUCACAUUCUUAAAAUAAAGUGGUGAUCCUAACUGACCUAAGAAAGGGAAUUUUUUACUAGGAUUAAAUGUCAGGAAUUGUGGAAAAUUGAGUUGAAAUGUACAGUGGGGAAAAAAAAUAUUUAGUCAGCCACCAAUUGUGCAAGUUCUCCCACUUAAAAAGAUGAGAGAGGCCUGUAAUUUUCAUCAUAGGUACACGUCAACUAUGACAGACAAAAUGAGAAAAGAAAAUCCAGAAAAUCACAUUGUAGGAUUUUUAAUUAAUUAAUUUGCAAAUUAUGGUGGAAAAUAAGUAUUUGGUCAAUAACAAAAGUUUCUCAUACUUUGUUGGUCAAACGUUUUCUGUAAGUCUUCACAAGGUUUUCACACACUGUUGCUGGUAUUUUGGCCCAUUCCUCCAUGCAGAUCUCCUCUAGAGCAGUGAUGUUUUGGGGCUGUCGCUGGGCAACACAGACUUUCAACUCCCUCCAAAGAUUUUCUAUGGGGUUGAGAUCUGGAGACUGGCUAGACCACUCCAGGACCAUGAAAUGCUUCUUACGAAGCCACUCCUUCGUUGCCCGGGCGGUGUGUUUGGGAUCAUUGUCAUGCUGAAAGACCCAGCCACGUUUCAACUUCAAUACCCUUGCUGAUCUCACGAUACAUGGCCCCAUUCAUUCUUUCCUUUACACGGAUCAGUCGUCCUGGUCCCUUUGCAGAAAAACAGCCCCAAAGCAUGAUGUUUCCACCCCCAUGCUUCACAGUAGGCAUGGUGUUCUUUGGAUGCAACUCAGCAUUCUUUGUCCUCCAAACACGACGAGUUGAGUUUUUACCAAAAAGUUAUAUUUUGGUUUCAUCUGACCAUAUGACAUUCUCCCAAUCCUCUUCUGGAUCAUCCAAAUGCACUCUAGAAAACUUCAGACGGGCCUGGACAUGUACUGGUUUAAGCAGGGGGACACAUCUGGCACUGCAGGAUUUGAGUCCCUGGCGGCGUAGUGUGUUACUGAUGGUAGGCUUUGUUACUUUGGUCCCAGCUCUCUGCAGGUCAUUCACUAGGUCCCCCCGUGUGGUUCUGGGAUUUUUGCUCACCGUUCUUGUGAUCAUUUUGACCCCACGGGGUGAGAUCUUGCGUGGAGCCCCAGAUCGAGGGAGAUUAUCAGUGGUCUUGUAUGUCUUCCAUUUCCUAAUAAUUGCUCCCACAGUUGAUUUCUUCAAACCAAGCUGCUUACCUAUUGCAGAUUCAGUCUUCCCAGCCUGGUGCAGUCUACAAUUUUGUUUCUGGUGUCCUUUGACAGCUCUUUGGUCUUGGCCAUAGUGGAGUUUGGAGUGUGACUGUUUGAGGUUGUGGACAGGUGUCUUUUAUACUGAUAACAAGUUCAAACAGGUGCCAUUAAUACAGGUAACGAGUGGAGGACAGAGUAGCCUCUUAAAGAAGAAGUUACACGUCUGUGAGAGCCAGAAAUCUUGCUUGUUUGUAGGUGACCAAAUACUUAUUUUCCACCAUAAUUUGCAAAUAAAUUCAUAAAAAAUCCUACAAUGUGAUUUUCUGGAUUUUAUUUUCUCAAUUUGUCUGUCAUAGUUGACGUGUACCUAUGAUGAAAAUUACAGGCCUCUCUCAUCUUUUUAAGUGGGAGAACUUGCACAAUUGGUGGCUGACUAAAUACUUUUUUCCCCACUGUAUUUGGCUAAGGUGUAUGUAAACUUCAGAAUUCAACUGUACAUACUGUAUUACCUCAAUUACCUCAUACCCCUGCACAUCGACUCGGUACUGGUACUCCUUGUAUUUGGCCUCGUUAUAAUUUUUAUUGUGUUACUAUUUCCUUUUUAUUUAGCAAAUAUUUGUCUUACUUUUUAACUCUGCACUGUUGGGAAUGGGCUCGUAAGUAAGCAUUUCACUGUAUAGUCUACACCUGUUGUAUUCGGCGCAUGUGACCAAUAAAAUUUGAUUUGAUUUAAUACAGUACCCCAUCUUAUUUAAUGUGCAGAGUGCAUACGGUACACAGUAAUGUCUCUCUCUAACAGUUUACUUCUGGUUAAUGGGUCAAGACAGUUGUGGCCUGCAUAGGCCGGUUGUGCAUCACCAUGGCUUUUGAGAUGGUGGUGUUUGUGAACAGUGAAUUAUACCACACUGUUGUCAGGUAAGGGUAACUAGGGGGGCAUUACAAAACUAACAGGUAGCAUCUCAAAAUGGAGAACUAAUAACUAAGAUAGGACAAAAUGUAUGGAAAUUGCUUGGAUAUACAAUUGUUUCUCUCUUCAUGAACCUGGGUGUGUCAGUGUGCCCCACUUCAUGAACCUGGGUGUGUCAAUCACACACACCUGGUUCCUAUCCCCUAAUUAGUCUGUGUAUAAGUGUUCCCUCUGCCCCCUUGUCCUUGUGGGUGAUUGUUAAUUGUGAGAGUAAUGUAGCUCGGUGGAGCUACUCAUAACAUUGUGUUGCCAGGGUAGAUUUUCCCCCUGUGCCUAUGUAUUAUUGGAUUCCGUUACAGUGUAAUUGCCAGGGAUGUUUGUUUCCCCUGUGCCUGUUUCGUUGAUUGCUAUUGGAACGCAUUUGUGUGUCAACAAAGGAAUAAACUCUGUAUUCGGUGAUUACCCUCCUGCGCCUGACUCCUUUCACCACACUCACCCCAGAAUCACCCACUCGCUAUGGAGUCAGCGGGAGAAGAGCGCAUGCCUGGAGUCGUGGCAUGGGUCCAGGAGCAUUCCACGAUGCUGGCCAGCUUGGGGGAAGCGAUGGAUUGGGUUCUUCAGGUCGUCCAACGCCUGGAGAGGAGAGGACCUGAUCCGUCGAGACCAGUUGGCCAACCGGAUCCAGCCAUCUACACCCCAGCACCCGGAGGGACGGCGGCCCUGUGCCAGGGAUUCCUCCUCCAAUUGGAGCUUUACUUCGCCAGCAUCAGACCGGCGCCAUUGGAGCGGGAGAAGGUGUCCAUCCUCGUUUCCUGCCUCUGUGGGAAAGCCCUGGAAUGGGCCAACGCGGUGUGGAAUGAGGGAGGAGCCGCGUUGGAGGACUACAGGGAGUUCGCUCGCCUCUUUCGGGCGGUCUUCGAUCACCCGCCCGAGGGUCGAGAGGCGGGUGAGCGGCUGGUCCACCUGAGGCAGGGGACGAGGACCGCGCAGGACUUCGCAUUGGAGUUUCGUAUGCUGGCAGCGGGGUCCGGGUGGAACGAGCGGGCCCUGAUCGACCAUUUCCGGUGCCAUCUGCGGGAGGACGUCCGACGGGAGCUAGCCUGCUGGGACACCAUGUUGUCCUUCGAUAAACUAGUGGACAUGGCCAUUCGUUUGGACAACCUGCUGGCAGCCGGAGGACGUCCUGGUAGGGGUAUGCCCGUUUCCACCCCGGACGACUCGGAGCCCGAGCCGAUGGAGCUGGGUGGAGCCGCCGGCCGAGAGAGCGGAGGAGGACAGCGACAGUGCCACUCUGGUGGCACGAAGGGACAGUACACCACGCGUCGUAGUCAACGUUCUUUUGGGCCGGGAGGCGGCAGGCAGGGCACUCACGCAUCACCCCAGGUAUCGAACACCCACACUUGUUCAGAGCCCUCUGUUGCGCACUGUACCCUACCUAUCCACUUUCCCGAUCACAUGGUAGUUCCCCAGUGUAAGGCACUAGACGAUUCCGGCGCAGCUGGGAACUUUAUGGACAGGGCAUUCGUACGCCGUCAAGGCAUUUCAUUGGUUCCCCUCUCCAUUCCACUCCCCAUCAGAGCACUUGAUAGUCGACCAUUAGAGUCCGGGUUUGUUACGGAAGUCACUAUACCGGUCACCAUGAUCACCCAUGAGACUCAUUGUGAGCAGGUUAUUUUUUCGAUUAUUGAAUCUCCUGCUUUCCCUGUUGUAUUAGGUAUCCCUUGGCUAGCACUCCACAACCCCACCUUCUCAUGGCCGCAGAGGGCUCUCACGGGGUGGUCGCGUGAAUGUCAGGGUAGGUGUCUAGAUGUUUCCGUUGGUGCAACCACGGUGGAAAGUCCAGACGGUACCUCCACCGUGCGCAUCCCCCCCGAAUACCUCAAUUUGUGCUACUAAAUUACCAACUCAUCGGGCGGGGGAUUGCACGAUAGACCUUCGGGUAGACGCUGUACCUCCCAGGAGUCAUGUGUACCCUCGUCGCAGGCUGAAAUGGAGGCCAUGGGAACAUACGUCUCCGAGUCCCUGGGCCAGGGGUACAUACGUCCCUCCACUUCACCCGCCUCCUCAAGUUUCUUCUUUGUGAAGAAGAAAGACGGCGGUCUGCGCCCGUGCAUUGAUUAUCGAUCACUGAACAAGGAGACAAUUAGAUUUAGUUAUCCUCUCCCCCUCAUUCCUACAGUGAUCGAGUCAAUGCAUGGGGCGCGCUUCUUCACAAAGCUAGAUCUCAGGAGUGCGUACAACCUGGUGCGUGUUCAGGAGGGGGAUGAGUGGAAGACGGCCUUCAGCACAACCACGGGGCAUUAUGAAUACCUGGUGAUCCCCUACGGUUUGAUGAAUGCUCCAUCCAUCUCCCAGUCCUUUGUGAACGAGGUGUUUCGGGACAUGCUUGGUCACGGUGUAGUGGUCUACAUCGAUGACAUCCUGGUGUAUUCUGCUUCUCGCGCCGAGCAUGUGUCCCUGGUUCGCAAAGUGCUGGCCAGACUGUUGGAAAAUGACCUUUAUGCCAAGGCAGAGAAGUGUACAUUUUUACAGCAGUCCGUCUCCUUCCUCGGAUACCGCAUUACCACCUCAGGUGUGGAGAUGGAGGGAGAUCGCAUUUCAGCCGUGCGUAAUUGGCCGACUCCAACCACGGUUAAGGAGGUGCAGCGAUUCCUUGGCUUUGCCAACUCCUACCGAAGGUUUAUCUGGCGCUUUGGCAAGGUUGCAGCUCCCAUCACAUCCCUGUUGAAGGGUGGGCCAUCCCGGCUCCGCUGGUCUGCUGAGGCGGAUCUGGCCUUCAGGAGACUGCGGGGUCUGUUCACCUCAGCUCCUGUACUGGUCCACCCCGAUCCAUCACUACCGUUUGUAGUGGAGAUGGAUGCGUCCGAGGUAGGGAUAGGCGCUGCCCUGUGCCAACGCUCGGGCACACCACACAAGCUCCGCCCCUGUGCCUUCUUCUCGAAGAAGCUCAGCCCGGCGGAGCAGAACUACGACGUUGGCCAUGUGGAGGCAUUGGCUCGAAGGAGCGAAACACCCAUUCCUCGUCUGGACGGACCACCGUAACCUGGAGUACAUCCGGGCAGCGGUUUGAUUUUACACUAUCAUACAUUCUGGGUACGAAGAACGUGAAGGCAGACGCACUGUCCCGGCUGUAUGACACAGAGGAGAGGCCCAGAGACAACACCCCCGUACUCCCGGCCUCCUGCAUUGUCGCCGGUAGUAUGGGCGAUGGACGCGGAUAUAGAGCGGGCAUUACGCACCGAUCCAUCUCCACCGCAGUGUCCAGCUGGGCUGCGGUACGUGCCUGCUCUUAUUCGUGAUCGUCUGAUCUUCUGGGCACAUACGUCACCCUCCUCUGGACACCCAGGUAUUGGUCGUACAGUGCGCUGCUUGAGCGGAAAGUACUGGUGGCCUACCUUGUCUAAGGAUGUGAGGGUGUGCGCUCAGAGUAAGGCACCUAGGCACCUCCCAGCGGGUAAGCUAAAUGACCAUGGUCUCACCUUAGCAUUGAUUUUCUGAUUGAUCUUCCCCUCUCCCAAGGUAACACCACCAUCCUGGUCGUUGUGGACUGCUUCUCCAUGUCCUGCCGCCUCCUUCCUCUGCCCGGUCUCCCCACGGCCCUGCAGACUGCGGAGGCCCUGUUCACUCACGUCUUCCGGCACUACGGGGUGCCAGAGGAUAUAGUGUCCGACCGAGGUCCCCAGUUCACGUCCAAGGUUUGGAAGGCGUUCAUGAAACGUCUGGGGGUCACAGUCAGCCUGACCUCCGGGUUCCACCCCGAGUCAAAUGGGCAGGUGGAACGAGUAAAUCAGGAUGUGGGUAGGUUCCUGCGGUCCUACUGCCAGGACCAGCCGGGGGAGUGGUCGUGUUCUUGCCAUGGGCAGAAUAUGCCCAGAACUCUCUCCGCCACUCCUCUACUAACCUAACACCAUUUCAAUGUGUUUUAGGUUUCAAACCGGUUCUGGCACCGUGGCACCAGAGCCAGACCGAGGCACCUGCGGUCGCUGACUGGUUUCGGCGCUCGGAGGAGACGUGGGCCAUGUUCACCUUCAGCGCGCCGUGCAUCGUCAGAAGGCCAACGCUGACCGUCACCGCAGUGAGGCCCCGGUCUUCGUACCGGGGGAUCGGGUCUGGCUCUCGACCCGGAAUCUGCCCCUCCGCCUGCCCUGCCAGAAGCUGAGCCCGUUUGUGGGGUUCCUCCACCUCCUCUGGACAUCGAGGGGGCCCCGGCGUACUCUGUCCGCUCCAUCCUGGAUUUGAGAGGCAUCGGGUGGGGGGCCUUCAGUACCUCGUGGAGGGGUACAGUCCGGAGGAACGGUGCUGGGUCCCGGUGAGGGAUAUCCUCGAUCCCUCCCUGUUGUGGGAUUUCCACCGUCGCCAUCCGGCUCGCCCUGCUCCGCGUCCUCCUGGCCGUCCCCGAGGCUGGGGUCGGCGCGGUGCUGGAGCUGCGCGUCGGGGGGGGGGGGGGGGGGGGGUACUGUCACGACUUUGGCCGAGGCUGCCUCCCCUCCUUGUUCGGGCAGGCUUCGGCGUUCGUCGUCACUGGCUUACUAACCACUGCCGCCCCAAUCAUCAUCACAAUUGUCUCGUCUUGUCAAUCACACACACCUGGUUCCUAUCCCCUAAUUAGUCUGUGUAUAAGUGUUCCCUCUGCCCCCUUGUCCUUGUGGGUGAUUGUUAAUUGUGAGAGUAAUGUAGCUCGGUGGAGCUAGAUUUUCCCCCUGUGCCUAUGUAUUAUUGGAUUCCGUUACAGUGUAAUUAACAGGGAUGUUUGUUUCCCCUGUGCCUGUUUCGUUGAUCGCUAUUGGAGCGCAUUUGUGUGUCAACGAAGGAAUAAACUCUGUAUUCGGUGAUUACCCUCCUGCGCCUGACUCCUUUCACCACACUCACCACAGGCUGGAGCUGCCACUAAUCAUCUUCGGGAACAUGAUUAAAACACGAAUUAACAUGUUAUAAGAUGCUUAUACACCCGAGUCCAUUGCUGGGUCACACUCAAUGUGUUCAUAUGUUGUGUUGUACGUACCACCCAGGGGCGAUAGCGUUCGUACCUGGAGGUUUAGUCUUGCUGCUGCCUGAGGCCAGAGGUGUGCCACUUCCUGAGACCAUCGAUGACGUUGAGUUCCCAAAC